CUUAUGCUAAUUUAACCCUCAAAGUGGUCUCCCAAUCUUUAUAUAAACCGCUUUCCACAUUCCACAUUCACUCACUCAACACAAAAUCCUCUGUUUCUCUCUGUGAAUAUGAAGUUCUUUUCAGCUGCAAUUCUGCUGCUCCUGCUGCUUCUCGGCACUGGGAUGGCGCCAAUGGCUACAGAGGCAAGGACAUGCGAGUCUCCGAGCCACCACUUCAGGGGGUUGUGCUUCAGUAAGAACAACUGCGGCCAUGUCUGCAAAACAGAGGGCUUCCAUGGUGGGCAUUGCAGAGGCUUCCGCCGCCGCUGCUUCUGCACAAAGCACUGUGUUUGAAUGGUCUUUGUUGUUUCAAAUCAGUUGUCUAUCAGUGGAAGUAGACACUGAUGAGAGCUUUAUGGGAGUGGUGAUAUACAAUAAAAGUUGCCAUUGUUGUUUUGUGUAAGCGCUUUGUUUCA